GAAGGAGGUGGAAAGAAGAACGAAAAAUAUCAGGAAUCUUAAUUCCUAGGAUGUUUACAGCCACAUGGAAAAAAGAGAGGAAAUCUCUCCCAGAGCACAGGUGACCCAAAGCCAUAUGUAUCUGUAAGGUCUCAAGUGCAGCCCCGCCAGCCCAGCCCCAGCUGGUUACUGCUGGCUGGGCUGAGGUGGUCGUGGUGUGAAAUCUCUCUCUGGAUGGAGCGGGAGUGCAGCUGCUGGAGCUGGCUUGGCUGGCACCAGACCCUUGGGGAGGAAAAGCUCAGCUUUCUUCUGCGAAGCUGCUAUUGUCUCCUCCAUCCCUCUGCUCUUUGCGGCUCCAGGGAGGUUUCUGAAGGGUCAGGAACACUGGCCUCAUCUGUGCUGCCGGAGCCUUCAAGGAAUACUUUUCCCAAAGUGUUGGGGAAAACCCAUGAACUGAGCAAUGUGCAGGGGCUGAGCAAGCUGCAGUCUUUUCUGGGGGGAGAAUGGACUGUGUUUGUAGGUCGGCAGGGUGUCAAACACCGUGGCACUGGCUAAGAUUUUUACCCUGAAAUGAGUUGUUCCUUGACUGAGGCAAGCCCUCGUUGUCAGUGUGUACACUGGCAAGCAGCACAAUGCUGUCACAAGUUUCUGUAGAGCUGGUGCUAGUGACUUCAUAUCCCCACCAUGCACAUUUUAAGAAGGUUUACUUCAGACCAACUUUCAUCUGGUCUCCUGGGCUGGAUACCCUUUGGACACUGGAGAGUGUCAGGUAUGUGCCUUGAGCAGUCUUCCCAUUCAGUUUGAUCUAGCACGCUCCAGGACCACUCCAUCCACUUGGUGGACAGAGCACUUUCAGUGGAAACUGCCAGGACUCUUGCUUCAAAGGGGCUCUCCUGAGCCAGUGCAAGCAGCUAUCACAGGGAUGGCUGCCCAUGGGGGGAAUUUGAGCUUCUAGACCUACCUCAUGAUGGUCACUGUUUGCAGUGACCAGAUCAGGUUGAGUGUGUUUGAUGCUUUUUUUUACAGGAUGCAAGAGCCCUCAGUGUAGGCCAGAGACAAGAAGGGUUUCAUGUCUCUGAGCUCUACUGCAUUCUCCCACCCUCCCUACUUCCUACUUAUUGGCAUCCCUGGGCUGGAGCAGGAGCAGUUCUGGCUUGCCUUCCCCUGCUGCAUCAGGUAUGCCAUUGCUGUGCUGGGGAACAUCACUCUCGUCCUCAUCAUAAAGGCAGAGCCAAGCCUGCAUGAGCCCAUGUACUUUUUCCUGGCCAUGCUGGCCUUCACUGACUUGGUCCUAUCAACAUCUACACUACCCAAAAUGCUUGACAUAUUCUGGCUGGACUCCAGGAAGAUUGGGUUUCUCUUCUACCUUGCUCAGACGUUCUUCAUCCAUACUUUUUCAUCAGUGGAGUUGGGCAUGCUCGUGGCCAUGGCCUUGGAUCGCUACACUGCUAUUUGCUUCCCUCUGCGGCACUCCAGCAUCCUCUCUGUGCCAGUGGUGGUGGCCCUCGGGAGCCUGGUGCUGGUGCAUGGGGUUCUCCUGUUGAUUCCAGUCUGCUUCCUCCUUCUCAGGCUGCCCUUCUGCCAGCAUCACAUCAUUUCCCACUCUUACUGCAAGCACAUGGCUGUGGUGAAGCUGGCAUGUGGGGACACCAGACUCAGUGUCAUUUAUGGCCUUUUCAUGGCUUUCAUAGUGACAGUAUUGGACACGAUUCUCAUCUCUGUGUCCUACACCAUGAUCCUGUGGGUGGUGAUGAGGCUGUCAUCCUCAGAGGUGACUUUAGUCUUCAGCACUUGUACAUCCCAUGUCUGUGUCAUCCUUUCUUUCUAUGUAGCUGUCCUCUUCACAUGCUUCUCCCACCGCUUUGGGAAGAGCAUCCCUCCCCACGUCCAUAUAAUGGUGGCCAAUCUCUACCUGCUACUCCCCCCCAUGUUAAACCCCAUUGUUUAUGGGGUGAGAACAAAGAAGCUCCAGGAAAGGGUGUUCCUCUUCUUCCAGUGAA